CACGACGUCCAUUGAGUAAUUUUCACGGCUAUUGUGCCUUGCCUCCCGCCUGCUAUUGUGCGCAAGAUUCACUGGAUCCGUCAGUGCUGACGUUUCAUUUCAAUUGUUGUUUGCGGCCCCGAGACCAGAUUCACGCUCGAAAUUCAUCCGGCCAAAGCGCGGAGCCGCAGCGAGGACAUGCGCUCGAAGCCGAGCGCCUCGUCGAUCUACUGGGACUCGUACGAGUCGGGCAGCGGCAGCUCGGGUAGUGCAGCCAGCCGCAACUACGUGGACCCGUGGGACCUGGAGAACUACGCCUACCUUCGGCGUCACAGCGUCGCCGCCUCGGCGGCCGGGACCAGCCCUCGGCCGCUCAGCCAGCCGACGAUCCGCGCGGGCGACGACUACGGCAGCCGAUCGUCGUACCACUCGCCCGUCGAGUCCGACUACUGGUACGCGCCGGCAAUAAGGGAGCCGGGCUACGACGCGCCGGCCUCGGUCGAGGAGAUCUACUUCCGGCCGCAGCCGGCCCCACGGACUCCCAGCUGCUGCUAUCAUCGGCAGCCGAUCUACGAGGACGAGAUGUCGCACUACGCCGCUCCGAUUCCGCUCUACACACGCCUCUCCGAGCUCGAGCACGAGGAGCUCAGGACGAGGGAAAUGAUCAGGCGGCGUAGCCAAGCUACUUCAAGGUCAAGAAAUUACCUCAGCAGAGAAGAGUGCUACUAUCACCGAAAGCCGAAUGAGAUGUUAAUGGAAGCACCAUCGCUUAUGAUGGAAGAGGAUGAGUUGCUAUUGGAUGAGGUCGAGGCCGUAGGAUAUAGGGAACCAAGCCAUUACAGCAAUAAAACCUCCCACAUCACACUCAACGCGUAUGGUCAUCUGAAGAUCGACUACACCAACAGCUGGAACUCACUACACAGAAAGAUCAUUAGUAAAUGAGAAUUGAGAACCCA